GGUGGCCUCCGUCUGGGCUUGGCCCACAUUGUAAGAUUUUUUUCUCCAUCGCCUUCGCAUCUCGAUUCUGUGGUCGCUAUUGCUGGUGAGUGGCAUUAUCAGACCAGAACGGCGAGCAGAGGACCAGUCCGCCGGCGGCGAAAGCGACCGCGACCGCGUAAGUAGCUACCCCUGUUGGUGUCGCCGCCGGGGAGCUGAUCUGGAACGGUUGUUGGGAAGAUGGCGGAAGAUUUCCCAAUGGCUCCGGUGGACUGCUUGCCAAUUUUCGAGGAUGCGGCAUGCAGCGCCGCCGCCCCCGUCCCAAAGUCUAAAGGUGUAGGGGAUUCCUUGGUUCAAUCAGCGGGGGGGGGGGGGGGGGGGGGGUCCAGGUGCGGAAUCCUUGGUGAUGUUGGCAUUCCAGCUAUUCAGAUUUAUGGCAGUUCUCGUGUUGAGCAAACAAGGGUUGGUGGAGGUGGUGGCUCUGUCUCGGACAUUAAUGAGAGCGAGGGUGACAAUGUCGAUGCGAUUAGCCCAGGCUUGAAGGAGGGUGGUGAACCAUACCCAGUCGAUUCGGUCGUUGCAAAGCAGGCAGAUAGUUCGUGUGGAGCAUCUGCUCACUCCACGGGCAAGAUUGAUCCUCAAGCCCCAGGCUGGACCAGAAGAGUCAGAGUUGGGCAACAAGCCCCGGAUCGUGCGCCAUGCCCAGAUAGGGUGUGCGCGUUGGAGCAGACUAUAAGAGGCUAUGCUGAAAAGCUAGGGCCAAAUGUGAUUGAGCCUGAGAUUGGAUUAACAUUUGAUUCGUUGGGAGAGGCUUACGAUUUUUACAAUAUAUAUUCUUGGGAACUUGGCUUUGGCAUAAGGUAUGGGAAGAGCAGACUGAAUUCAGAGAAGACAAAAUGCAUGCAAGAGGUGGUUUGUGGUUGCUCGGGGAAGCCAUUAAAGGAAAACAGCAUGUCUUGCAGAUGUGAAUGCCCAGCAAUGAUCCGUUUGUUGAGAACAGACGACAAUGGGUGGUACAUCACAGAGCACCGGGUUGAGCACAAUCACUCAUUGUCAAGCAUCCUAGUUCAUGGUCAUGGUCAUGGUCACAAUCAGACGACAAUGGGUGCUUCAGGCGGCGUAGAAUAACACAUCCUAGUUCAUGGUCAAGUAUUGCUGCUCCUAGCAGCUGCUCUUGCAAAUCCUUCCUGGAAAUCCUUACCAACCUAGG